CUGGUGAUGAGUACCACCUCGGUUCUAGGGUCCACCUUGGAAUUUUUGAGGAGCCAAGUAUCCGACCUGCGAGAUCGAGUGCUGAGUUUGGAGUCCCAAGUCAGGGACCUUCUGCGGCUUCAUCACGGCGCUGAGAGCCCUGUCCCUGACAACUCUUCUGUUGAUUUGGUGUCAUCUGAGGUUACUAGGGAGUUCCCACUGCUGUCUGAAAACGCCAAAGAGGUAUUGGCAGGUCAGUUCCCUCAGUGCCCACCGGCUGCCCUUGAAUUGUGUGCAUUGCUCAGAGGAGGUCAGAUUUCCAAAGAGCAGAGAGCUAGACGAGCGUGGAUUGCUGGGUGCUGGGCCAAGCUGGCCUUGGAAGACAAGAUCCGCUUGCCUGAGCCAGCUGAGCCUAUCGGGCUUUCCAAUACCUGCUUCAUUAUCCUCAGAGCUGCAGGGCAUCAAACCCCCAAGCUUGUGGAGGAUUCAGCCACGUAUCAAAGGAUCUGCCAGGGUCCCACUUGCCGGCCUGUUGGCCACGGCUUCGCAUCGAAGUCAGAGGCAAAGGUUUACUGUCUGGCAGCAGAGAUUGAGUUUCCCAAGAAGGUGACCUACGGCCUCGCGUUGGUGGUGAGAAAGAGACAUGGAGCAGGGGGAGGUGUUUUGUUGGCUCUGCCAGAGAGUUUGACUUCCACCGCUGCACUCUUGGAUUUGUGCACCGGGCAGGCAGAUGCCAUAGUUGGGGCCUUCCACUACUUCGACAUUCCUGCGGUCAGCAAUCAGAAUGGACUUCAGCCUUUGGACUUUUUGGUGACUGUAGUGGUAGUGGAUGUGGCUUUGGAUGCUCUCUCCUAUAUGGUACCGAUGUCUCAGGUUUCAGAAGAAGAGGAUGUGGGGAUAGUUGGCUUUGGAGAAGAUUUGGAUGUUUUGCCAAACUCAGGACUGCUUUUGUCCCGGGUUGCGACCUGGCUCAACGAGCUCACAGAUCAACGCGCAGUUUUCUACUCCGCGGAAGAAGGGGUAGAGGUAGCGGAUUUGGACGGUCAGCCAAUGGAGGAGGAGCAGGAGGAGCCUGGAAUGCAGACCCCGAAGGCGACUGCAGCAAAGCUACCGCCCAAAGCGAAGGAAUCAAAACCAAAGAGGGUUACUACAGCAUCCCUGGCCGAGCAGAUGAGGACUCUUUUGGAGGUGGUGCCUGCUUUGACACAGCAAGUAGAGGCAAUGAGGGUCGAGCAGGAAGCACUCAAAAGAUCUGUGGAGGAAGGACAAGAUCGUCCGGCCCCAAGACCCUCUCAGCUUCCUAUCAGCGCUCCUCUGGCGUCAGUGGCCAAGAUGUUGGGGCAGCCCCCAAGAACCAAAGCAGCGGCCAGGCUAGCUGUGCCUAUGUCUCCGGCGCCAGACCCUCCAUUAGGCAUUCAGGAGAUUGCGGAGGAGAAGAGCCCAAUGGCAGGGGACCCCCUGUCACAUGCAGUCCUCGAGCAGAGCAAAGCUUUGACGGCAUUGGGGGCUCAUCUUCAACAAGGCGGAGAUCCGUUGUUGGACGGGCACGGCACCUCAUCAGGCAGCUCACUAGGUACACGAGGUUCGGUUGGUCGGGAGAAGCUGCAAAGAGAACUCGCGAUGAGGUCAGGAGGUUUCUUUCUUGCAGUCCUCCAAAAUGCUGCUCGGAGGUUGAAACCGGCAUCGAAGAUGCCAGAGACAGUGGAUGCCCUUGCCCAGACAGACUUCUCGAUGGUCCAGUAUCUGGAACGCUUCGGCGGCUACGGUGGAUCGAAAGAACUGGGUUUGAUCCAGUAUGCUCUUGCUCACAUUUGCGAUGCUCUUGUCCAUGGAGAUUCCGAGGGUGCGAAGGAGCACCUAGCUCUUCUUAUGGUGGGGGUGGAACAAGCCUGCAUGGACCAUGGACGAUGGGAACUAGCGUAUCGACUCAUGCUCCUGGACGAGCCCCCAUCCCAACUGUGGUCCUACCGGCAGGCGGGAUACGAUCCCAAGUUGAGGGCGUUUGCCCCUCUUUGCCCUCAGAGAUGGACAACGAUUGCGCUGGCAUACAGCAAAGAGAUAGACUAUAUCCACCAGAAGCGCAGCGAGAUGACUCAUCAGCCCAAGGGCAAUCCUCAAGGCCUCAGCGAGCCAAAGGCUGCCCCGAAGAAGCCUGGAAAGGGCUCGCCAAAGGGGAAAGGCCCUGCAAAGCCCCAAGAGGUUCGAUACAAUGAUGUUGGAGUCCUCCGGCAAGUUCCCUUUCCGUCUUGGGUUGAGCAAUUUGUGCGCCAACUGCUCGGGGCCAAGACUUCAUUUUCAUUUUUCUUGGUACAGAGUUUCAAGUCCUGCCGCAGUGGUCGUGAUGACUUCACUGCUACGGCUCUCUUCCCGAUUCCGUGGCCUUUUCUUGAGAUUACGGAGACGGGCCCGGCAAGACCCAGCCAGAGGAGUCGCCUUUUGAAGGCACAGAAAAAACUGGUUCAUUGUGCAGUGAUGGCAAUGAACUAUGAAUACUUCAGGGCUCCUUUUGCUGUGUUACCCUUGCUCCGGAGGCAGCCUUCAGCCUUACAUUUGCAAGUGUAUCAUAGGCCUAUGGCUUUUGUGAGAGCGUGUGGCCCUUCCUGCAACGUUUCAAUCGCAGGGUGUGGCCGGAAGAGUUUUCAAUUAGAUGCAAGAUUCAAUGAGCUUUUGAAGGGAUUGGAAGGCCUAGGGUUGGAGGCGAAGUCGAAGUACCACUCUGGCUUUGAGGCUGAGGAGGUCCCUUUGGAUGAUUCGAGGUAUGAGGAGCUUAAGCCCUACAGGGAGCUUGAUGCAGGGCGUAUUAAGAUUGCAGGCAAAGGACAGUGGAGGUGCGAGGAAUUUUUGUCGGAUUUCUUGUACAUGCCUUUUGUUGAGCCUAGGGUUUUGCGAUGGAAUGGGAAGCCUCCUUGCGGGAGUUAUCCAAACGUUGAGCAGUGCGAUCCCGAGGAAGUGCUCAAGCUUUGUCUCAUUUGGGAUGCCAACAACCUGCUGACUUUGAUCCCCAAAUGUUAUGGUCCUGCAGACGAUCAGAAGUUUCUUCACACCAGGAUUUUUGGAAACUACAAGCGGAUAGAUGCAGACAGGCAGAUUGGAGACCGGCGUGGAGCUAAUUACGUAGAGGGCAUCCUGCGAGGAGGACCAUCAAGCAACUUGCCCACAGGCCCGUCUUUGCUGCAGCUUGAGGUCCCUAGGUUCUCCAAAGUCCUCUGUGGGUCUGUCACAGACCGUCGAGACUUCUAUCAUCAGUUUGCAGUCCCAUUUGAGAGGGCAUCCACCAAUACGCUAUUUCCAGCGUUCAAUGCAGCAAGGUUUGUAGGUACAAGAGCACAUGAAGAGUAUGCUUUUCAUUUUUCACCGCAGAGCAAGAAGAAGGCACGAGAAGAUGUGGGAGAUUUUUUGGGCGAGCCUCAGCCCUUGCUGGUUGAAGGCUCCUCCGAAGGAGAGGUUUAUGCGUGUUUUCAAUCUUUGCUGCAAGGAGACCAUUUGGGUGUCGAAUUUGCAUGCGAUUCUCACGGGAGGUUGCUGGAGGAGCAGGGCUGUAGGGAUCCUCUCAGCAUCUUGCAGUCUGACGAAGCAGUGAUCCACAAUGAUCCAGCGACUGGCCUUGUGAUUGAUGAUUUCUUCAUUGUCAGUGUGGAAGAUAGGAUCUUGGCUUCUGGUGACAGACUGCUGAAGCAGGGCAAGUCAAGCCAGGUUUUGGACAAGGCGAAGGAUGUCUAUGCAUCAGAAGGGAUCACAGGAUCAGAUGACAAAGAGGUGCGUGAUGCGCUUGUCUUCAGAGCGGUUGGAGCUGAGAUCAACUCCUCUACAGUUCUUGUGGACAGAGGCCUUGUUAGCAUUGGUGCUCCCCUUGACAAGAGGCGAUGUUUGAUGGCUCAUGUCAACGAUUUGUUUCAAGUCAUCGCCCCAGAGGAGUUGGAUACAUUGAGGCCUAGGUUGAGGAGGUUGCCAAGGAAAGCCGCAGAAGAGCUCCUAAUUUUAGCGACACUGGCUCCAUUUGCUGCCAGCAACAUUGCAGCACCUUUUGCGGAUCGCAUCUAUGCGUCAGACGCCUCGACUGGAAAGGGAGGAUUUGUGCGAGCACCUGUCCCGCAGGAGAUUGCCAAGAUCCUUUGGCGUACUGCUGACAGGAAGGGGAAGAAUGUUGCCCUUCCGUCAAAGACAGCUGCCCUUCACUCAUACCACGAUGAGUCCUUUGAGUUCUUUGAUGAACCCCUCCCGGCCGGAGACGGGGAAAGUGCUGAGGAGGUGGAAAGGCCAAUUGGUUUGUACUUUGAGUUUAUUGAAGUUUUUGGAGGAGCUGGCGUAGUCACAAAGCAUCUGGUUGCACUGGGUGUCGUCUGUGGCCCUAUUCUUGAUCUUUCCGAGAGUUUGCAGUAUGACCUGAGGAAGUGCAGAGUAUUCUCUUGGCUUUGCUUUAUGAUGGAGAAUCAUAGAUUGAGAAGUUUUUUGGCAGCUCCUCCUGGCACAACGUUUAGCCCAGCUGCGCACCCUGCCCUCAGAAGCUACCUGAUGCCACUGGGUUUUGACAGGCUGCAUCCUCGGGUGCUCCAUGGAAACCAACUUGCUUUUGCUAGCUUGGGGUUGAUGACGGUGGCAUUGCGGAUGGACGUGUACGGGAUGACAGAAACUACAAGAAGAUCCAAGCUGCGCUGGACCCCUAUGUGGCGGCGGCUGUUAGCCAGAGGUGCUCAGGAAGUCAUCCUUGCGUCCUGCGCCUUUGGUAGCCCCCACCAGAAAGAGUUUGCUUUCAUGAAUGUGCACAUGGAUGUGGACCACCUUCACAGGAAAUGCCCACGCAAUCAUGUUCACAUCAGAGUGGAGGGGUGCUACACCAAGGCCAGCGCGACAUAUACUGAAGGUUUGGCCAUCGAGCUUGCAAAGGCUUUCAGGGAUCAUUUGAGGCCUCUCAACGCUCAUUGCGACAUUGAGGAGAAAAAAGGGCUUGAGGAUAUCAUGUCCAACGAUCUCUCUACGUAUCCUCCGACCAUUGGACUUAGGUCGCGCCUUGACAAGGUCAUGUCAAGACUUGGCCUUCCGACUACGACAAAGAGCAAAGUCAAACCAAUGACGCUUUCAAGUUUCAGACCUGGAGGAGCAUCGCAUCUAAGCGAUUGGUGGCUGGGGCGCCUUGAUUGGUGCACAUGCAUGGAGGCAGCCAAGCAAUUCAUUGCACUGUUCCCAGAGACACAAGCGUGGCACGUCAGUGUUCUCACAGCCGAGAAGCGAGCGGUGGUGCACCAGCCUUCGAUCGCAACCUCUACCCUUUUGAAGCACCUUAAGGCAUGGAUGGAUCUUCAAGGAGUCCACGUGUUCAUCCGACCGCUGCUGAAUACAUUGAUUUUCUUAGAUCUCGACCGUUUUGCUGGCAGCUUUGAGCAACUCGUGGCUCUCCAACCCAGAUGCAUCACGAGUACUUCUCCACGGAACUACCAGUUUUGGGCCACUUUGCCACCGCCGAUGCAGGUGAAAACCGCUUCCUUUAUUACCAAGGAGUUACAGCGAUUAUUUCAAUCCGAUCCACACUCCACUGCUCCACAGCAGCAAGGACGUUUGCCGGGUAGCAUGAAUGUGAAGCCGGACAAGAUGUGCAGGACAACCAUCCUGCAUCAGAGCCACGACCAUCUCUCUGAGGAAAUGUUUUUACAACUGACACCGCGACGCUCUUUGGUUUUGGUUGGUGACAGUGUGGCGCCUGUGGAACACAAACCAGCCACCAGCAUGGUGGACCGAAGCAAGGAGGAUUGGAAGACUUGUUGCCAGUGGUUCGAAUCAAAUCCUGAUUCAAGUCUUGACACUGCCUUGGCCAAUGUCAAUUUCUUGGCAAACAGACCGAACAUGAACUAUUACAAAGAGAUCACGCUCACAAAGGCACGUGAGCAUGUACGGAAGCAAGUAGCUGACCGACUCCCUGCAGAACCAGCUUCUUGCUCAGUGCCGAGCGCACCGCGUGAAUCUCUGCCAGUAGGCAUUGACGCGGAUGGACUUGCUCGCAUGGUGCAAAUGUGUGUCGACAAGGCCUUGGACAAGCGUUUGCCUGGACCGGUUAGCCAGGACUUUGCAAUUGGUGGGUUGUCCUUGGGGGUGGCAGUCAACCCCCGGGCGCUGGAGUGUGCCUUGGAGGACAAAAAGAUUUGCAAAGUAUGCCAACGUGAGUAUGGUAAAGACGGCUUUUCCACAGUGCAGUAUCGCACGGCAGAGCCAACCUGUCUGCAAUGUGCCCCCAUUGAUGAACGCUUGCGGAAGCGCUUGAAAGCCACAAAGGUCUGCGCGGCCUGUGGGGAGGACAAGCCCAAAGCAGAUUUCUCCACCAGCCAAUGGAAUAAGGGAAUUGCCAGCAAGUGUGAUCGAUGCGUUGAACAGCACGACAGCCUUCCUCGAACCUUGUGGGAAACUCACGAUGUCUCGGAGGCUCGGAGGUGGCUGCUUGAAGCCCCGCUGGAAGCUUUGCCUUCGACUGACCUCAAGAGCCAGCAGGCCAUGCAUGCUGUAAAGUCAACGGCGGAGUGGUGGAACAAAACUAUGCAGGCAGAUAUCGGCUCCUUGACUGUGGCUGACAAAGUCCAAUGGGUCCAAGCUGUUCAUGAAGAUCUUGCCCAUCUGGGUGGCCGGGAUGCCGCCGUCACAGCCAUCAAGCAAGCUGGCACUUCGUGGCCUAACAUGGCGCUAGAUGCGGCAUGGAUUCUUCGUCGCUGCAAGCACUGUCUUGGCUCCACAACGAAGGGCACGAUCAGUCAUUUGCCCCGCCCGCUCCGAGCGGGAGAUGUUGUUGGCGUCGACUUGAAGCUGAUGAUUCCGCCUCGAGGCCCUCGUUGGUGCCUCUUGCUUCUGGUUGACUUCACUUCCAACCGGCUUUGGGCGUGGGAUUUAGGAAAGCACUUCCUGAUGUGCAAGACCGGCUGCUUCGUUGGUACUCAGAAGUACAGGUUUAACAAAGUGGUGGAAUUUUCGAGCGGAGGCCAGCGGGAUCGCCUCAUGCACAGUGUCUCAUCUUACAACAAUUUACCACGCAGGCCUCUGAGCGUUUCGCCAGAGACAGUCUGGCGAGCGUGCCGACCCCUUGACACGCACGGGAACCAUCCUGCGCUGAAACAUGCCUUGCAAGAGCAGCGUGGCCAGGUGACUGAAGCGGAAUGGACUAGCUUCCUCACUGCAUCCGCUGCUCUCACGUCCGAUGACAUUCUCAAAGCUGUGCAGCAAUUCGAGGCGGAGAUGGCUUCUGUGCAGGAGUUGGUGCAUGAUCAGCAAAUGCGCACGCAGAUGAAAGACAGACCCAAGAAGAGCCAGCAGGCUACGACUUCGAACCCCGUCCCGCUGCUGCCAGGUGACAGAGUGCUUUGCAGACAGACCCAAUACAAGUCCACCACAGGACAUGGAAAAUUUCAGUGUUCUGGCGGAGAAUUGCAAGAGUUCACGGUGGUCUCCAUGUCCGGUGGUCUGGCCAAACUACAAGAUGCAGUUGGCCAUAUCACGCUUGACUUGUGCACGAAUCGCGUGGCGCCUCAUAUGAUCACUGACAAUACACAGCAAGCCUUGGAGUUGCGGCAGCAGUUGUGUCACUAUAGCGAAUUGCUGGUGCAAGGCAUGACCUCCGAGGAACAGGAGAAAGCAAAGAACUUGCUCGUGGUUGAGCUCCUCGAUGACCCGUUCUGGAAAGAAAAGGGGUGUGAGUUCUCUUGGCCCAAGUACCACGAAUAUCUGAAGGAAUCAAAAACUACGGCAGGCCAUUACUGUAUCAUGCUGUUCGCGAAAAUGGAAAGAACUUGUCUCAAAGUGUGGCAACAAAACAAGAAAGGCCACCCGGUGCUGCAGUGGACCGAAGAAUCGGAAGGCAGCAGCUGUAUGAAUCUCCUCCGAAGUGGCGCUCACUUCGACCUACUCGUGCCUGUGUAA